CUCGUCUCUUCCCAAACCCACACACCCGUCACCACUCCAUCCCCAGUCGUCCAACACACCAGCAGCCGCCCCAGUCCAACGCUCCUACCUACAUCGAUCGCCGCCGCUUCUACUGCUCGAUCGAGCUCAGUUGAUCUCCGAUCUCUCUUCUCCGGCCGGCUUGCCGUCGCUGUCGCGGCGGGAGGAGGAAGAAGAGGAGGAGAGGAGGUCGAUCGACCGCGAUCCCACCCCCACCAGGCGCGCGGCCAUGGGGAGGGCGCCGUGCUGCGACAAGGCGACGGUGAAGAAGGGCCCCUGGUCGCCGGAGGAGGACGCCAAGCUCAAGGCCUACAUCGACGAGAAUGGCACCGGCGGCAACUGGAUCGCCCUGCCGCAGAAGAUCGGGCUGAAGAGGUGCGGCAAAAGCUGUAGGCUCAGAUGGCUCAACUAUCUGAGGCCAAACAUCAAGCACGGCGACUUCACAGAGGAAGAGGAACACAUCAUUUGCAGCCUCUACAUUAGCAUCGGCAGCAGGUGGUCGAUCAUCGCGGCGCAGCUGCCGGGCAGAACGGACAACGACAUCAAGAACUACUGGAACACCAAGCUCAAGAAGAAGCUCCUCGGCAAGCGCGCGCCGUCCCGCCGCCUGCAGCGCGCCAACCAAGACGCGCCGAUGCCCUACUCCUACCUGGCGGCGGGCGGCGGCAGCGCCAGCAGCAGCGGGAACGCUAGCGGCACCACCGCGGCACUCAGCUCGUCAGCGCUGGAGCGGAUCCAGCUCCACAUGCGCCUGCAGGGACUCUACAGCGCGUUUGGCUGCGGCGCCAGCAACGCGCCGCCGCAGUGGCCGAAGCUCGAGCCACCGACGGACGCGGUUGCCAUGACGACUGUCAGUCACGGUCACUCCCUUGCUGCCGCGGACGUCGUGGAAGCCGAGCAACAGCUAAACCCUUCCGCUGGAGCGAGCUACGACAUGCCGGUGCCGGGCGGUUUCGAGGAGCGAUCCGCCUCCAAGCUAGGGUUUGGCUCUGCUGCCGGCGAGGCCGCUGGAGUGGCCAGUACCGUCGAGAUGAGCUCGGCGUCAAUGGUAGGCGGUGGCUUCGGCUACGGCCACGUCGACGAGCUGUACGACUUCCUCUACAGCAAGCAGCUUGCCGCGGCCGGAGCCUUUCAAGGCGGAGUUCCUCCCCUGCCGGAGCUGCAGUGCCCGGAUGGCGGCGCCGUCGUUGGUGCCGACGAGAAGUUCUCCACGUGGAUGGCGUCUUGCGAUCACUAUGUUCCUACGACCGGCGGCCAGCAGCUCCAGCUCCAAGGUGGAAACUCAAUGAAUCUGCAGGAUUUCGUUUUAGGGUAUGAUCAAUAAUAGUUUGUGUGCUACUCAUACAUACGUACAUUGCAAUGGUCCAAUUGAUAGUGUUGAUAUACUACGCAUGUAUGUUUCGAUCGGCCGAUCUUAGACUUGCUUGUUAAUACAUUUGUAUGUAUGUAUGUGAUUCAGUGUACGUGCUAUACAGGUUUCACAUAUUCCCAUAUUUUUUGAACAAUCAUAUAUGUGAGCUCGAAUAUUUAUUUC